ACCGCUACAACGUGUUUUUAUCGCUGGCUGUCCAGACGGAAGGUGCUGAAACGCUUUGUCGCGUGUCUGGAAGAAGUGAAAACUUUCCUGGGCAGCAAAGGGCUCACCUUUCCUGAGCUGGAACAGCCAGAGUGGCUGGAAAAGCUACACUUCAUGGUAGACAUGACAGCGCACCUGAACACGCUGAACACAGCUCUUCAGGGGAAAGGACGUACAGCCCUGCACAUGUUGGAGGAUGUUUUGGCAUUCGAGCGCAAGUUGACAGUGCUUGCCAGAGAUUUACAGAAAGGCACUUUGUCUCACUUCCCCAAUUUGAGAGAGUUCAAACAAGGUCACGACAUGAUAAUUUCGGAGUAUUUACAUUCUGCAAUCAUCGCAAUGCAAACAUCGUUUGGGAAACGCUUCUGUGAGUUCAGAGAGGAAAAAAACACAUUAUCCUUCCCGGUCACUCCCUUAAGCAUCGAUCCUUCCCUACUGAAUACGACUGCAUUGGCAGGUGUGAGUCAACCUGAUCUUGAGAUGGAACUGGCCGACAUAGCCGACAAAGACAUAUGGGUGUCCAAGUUUAGACGCUUGACAGCAGACCUUGAAGAUGUUGCCCGUCAGAAGGCCGUUCUUGCUCAGAAACACAAAUGGAGUGAUAUUGAAAACCUCACAGAUGACAGCUUGCGAUCCUGUGUAAAGAUGAAGGUGACAUCAUACAGCCCUGAUGUGCAGACGCUGUGCGCUGAGGUCCAGGAGCAGAAAUCCCAUUAACCAAGAUGACAGCUGGCUGACGUUAUUUUUGGUUUGCUGCUGGCGGAAAAUUUAAGUUUGGCGUUUUUCAUAAAUACAAGAAGGACUCAAAUAGACAUUGAAUAUUUUACUUAAAAGUAACUUUCAACCCAACGUCUUUUUUUCGGAGUUCAAAAUGUUUUUGUUGCAUGCAGAAAUGUAAUUUCGUUUUCUCUGCAGGAGUUCAUCAAUUUCAUAAAUGCAACACAUUAUAGUUUGUUUAUACAUAGCAUAAAGGCAAAAAAAAACGUUGUAUGCAGUGUUAUUUCAUUUUAAAUGUCAAACGGGUUUUGCGGCUCCCAGUGUUUUCUUUUCUGUGGGAAACGGGUCCAAGUGGCUCUUUCAGUGGUAAAGGUUGCUGACCCCUGGCCUAGUGGAAGAAGCUGUCCCAGAGCCUGUUGGUCCUGGCUCUUAUGCUGUGGUACUGUUUCCCAGAUGGUAGCAGCUGGAAUAGAUUGUGGUUGGGGUGACUUGGGUCCCCAAUGAUCCUACAGACCCUUUUUUCACAUCUGUCUUUGCAAAUAUCCUGAAUAGUAGAUAUUGAUGAGCUGGGUUGUCCGCACCACUCUCUGCAGAGUCCUGCGAUUAAGGGAGGUACAGUUCCCAUACCAGGCAGUGAUGCAGACAGUCAGGAUGCUCUCAAUUGUGCCCCU